GUACCAGCUUCUCAGCUUGGCGGCUCCCAACGCGGCACUGUGCGCCCUGUGCGAAUUGCUAUACCUAUCGGAGAAGAUACGAAGGCAGACAUGAUCGCAGAUCAUGUUCGAAGUGCCCUCAAGCAGCAGGAUGGUCUUCUCCAUCACCAGUCUUUGCAGCCAAAGGUUUGC